AGAAAAAUGAAGAGAGUGACGAUUCUGAAAAGAAAAUGGAGCAAGAAGAUGAAAAGGGUUUAGACAAAGAGGCUCAGGCUGAAAAGUUCGACCAAGAGAAGAAGGAAAAAGAAGAAGAAGAAGCUCAAGGAAAUGAAAAGAUGAAUGAACAGUAUCAGGUUGAAGAGAUAGAACAAGAAAAAAAGGAAAAUGAAGAAGAAAAAGAGUCGGAAGAUGCCCAAGACUCUAUGGCUAAGGAAAAUGAAGAAGAAAAAGAGUCGGAAGAUGCUCAAGACUCUAUGGCUAAGGGUCAUGAAGUCGAAAAUGUAUGUACAUUGCAGACAAGUGAAGAGAUUGGAGAGGUAACUAAAUAGAUAAUAAACAAUCGACCAAAAGAGGGCCGACCGAAAAAAUCUACUACCUUUGUCUUCUUUAAAGAUUAAGCAUUAAUACAUAUUAUACAUAUAAUGACAAGGUUGAUCAGACGGUUGAACCAGGACUGAACAUUGUUGAUGACUCUAUUGGCUUAGGGGAAUCAGAGGUAACCUAUAAGUAAUCGACCAAAUUAUGAUCGACUACUUACGUUAGUAAUCGACCAAAUUAUGAUCAUGAAUACUUACGUUACUAUUUUUCAUAUAGGAAAAUGAUAAAUUGAUUACAGAGGUUCAUCAGUAUCAGUGUGAGGAAAUAGAAAAAGAAAAAGAGGUAUAUUUUAAUAAAAAAAAUAUUUGCUUAAACGAAACUGUUUGUGUAUAAGAAAAAUCGAUCGACUAAUAUUGGAUCGACUUUGAAUCUAUGUAAAAAAUAAGUGGUCGACGUGAUGUAUUAUAUAAACAUCGACUUAGAUAAUAAACAUCUACUACAGAGGUUCGAUCGACUAAUAUUUGAUAGACUUUGAAUCUAUGUAAAAAAUAAGUGGUCGACUUGAUGUAUAUUUUAUUUAUACUUUACUAUUUUUAUUCUAGGAAAAUGAAGAAGAAAAUGAGUUGGAAGAUGCUCAAGACUCUAUUACUAAGGGUGAUGUGGAAGAAGUUGUUUGUUCAUUGCAGACAAUAAACUUAUGUACAUUGGAAACAACAGAAGAAAGUGGAGAGGGUGAUCAGACGGUUGACCCAGGAUUGCAUAUUGCUGAUGUCUCUAAUGAGACGGUUCAUGAUCAGUUAGCUGAGGAGAGUGAAAAGGUAACUUAUAAAUGAUCGACCAAAAGAAGGUCGAAUACAGAAGAUCGACUACUUAUUUCUUACCAAAAGGUUAAGCAUUAACAUAUAUAUUAUAAUUAUAAUUGAAGGGUGAUGAGAAGGUUGAUCCAGGAUUGAAUGUUGGUGAUACUGCUGAACUUGAUAAUAAAACGAAAGAGGUAAACCACAAAACUUUUUAAUAUUAUAAUAUCGACUACAUUUAUUUUUUAAAAUAUUAAACUUUGACAUAUAUAUUACACUUAAUAA